UUUUUUUCUACACAUAUUUAUUUAUUUAUGCAAGGAUGCGACGGUUUACGAAAAAAUGGAUGCAGCGCGAGUUUUGGCACGGUCGGCAACACCAGUUUCGGCAAUGGCUCAGAGACCAAAAGACACAAAACUAUCUCAAGGCCGUGCUCAGCUGCUCGAUAGCCAGCGUAAUCAUGUUCAUCCGGCCAUUCCGCCUUGCCAUUGGCACCAUGUACUUCCAGGUCUUGAUCACCACAGCGCUGGCGCAUGGCGGCAUGACAAUUGGCGCCAACUUGGAGCUUCAGCUGCAGCAGUUGUCCAUAGCCUCGUUUGUCGCCGUGUAUAUACUUUUUAUCCAGGCGGUCGUCUAUGGGCUGGGCCAAACUCCAAACAUUAACUUUGAAGUGGCCGCAAAGCUGACCAGAGCCUUUGGCCUGGCUGUGUAUUGCUUUUUCGUCGCCCUACUUUACGCGUACACGCCCAGACUGACUCUGGCUAUGAAGAUUAACAUAUCGUCGGCGUUCAUCGCCUUUACGAAUUACCCGCUGACACGGAAGUUUCAAGUCAAACCGCUUCCCGGCAUUCUUUACGCGCAGCUGGUCGGCGCCGGAAUAUCGACGCUUGUGAACGUGUUUGUCAUGCCGAGCACGUCCAGCCGCAAGCUCGUCGGCGCGCUGCGCACGCUGUUCAAGCAGAUGGAAGCCUGCUGCGAGUACUUUGACAAAUCGGCGGCUGGGCUUGGCCUGGAGGCUCUGGGCAAGCGAGACGGGACGGAGGAUGCAAAGAAUCUGCGAAUUCUGCUGCGCGGCGCGUCCGAGCGGUUUGGCCAGGUGGUCGGCGGAUCGCGGUACGAGACCACGAUCGAGCGGUUUUCGCAGCUCGAUUACCACCAGAUAUUUAUCCAGGCCAACAAGCUGGCGUCGUCGUUCGGGACCAUGUGCCUGCCGUUCGAGAUUGAUGACGACUUUUACUACCACUUGCAGGAUCCGUCAGCCAAGAUGCAGCACGGCAGUAUGGCGAAGUCGAGCAGCAGGGUGUCUCUUGCAUCGUUCAGCAGCGACCACCCAAACCGCCACAGCUCGCCGACUAGGAAUCACGGCAAUAAGGCAAUGGGAAAGUCGCUGGCCAAGGUGGCUGACAUGCACCGGCGCCAGGACCUCAGCCGCCAAGGCGUGGUCCGCACGCUGAUUCCAAUUAAAGCGCAGCUGUCGCUGCACAGCCACAUACUGCGCAUUCUUAUUGAUCGCACCAAGGGCGCUGAGCAUGGCAGCCCGACCAAGUCGCUGUUUUGCAUGGUCUCGCGAUCAAUCAGGUUCUAUACCAAGGAUUUGGAGGGCGAUAUUGGCCAUAGCGUUGAGGGGGUGGUCGAUAUUGAUGAAAUUGUGCCCGAAGAUCUCGCCGUCGAUAAUGCCGAGAUGAUGGAGCACUUGCGCGAGAAGCUGGAGCGCAUGAGCCUCGGGCAGAUGGCCGAGGUGGUCAACCGGUACGCAGAUAAAUACGAGCAGGCCGAGGCCGAAUGCAUCAAGAUAAUUGCACCCUACGGGCUGCAUGAUGAUGCCGGAAUGCACGAGCAGCAUGUCGUUCUGCUGUCCUUUAUUGGGUCGCUCCGCGAGAACGCAGUGUGUCUAUCAAAGAUGCUGCAGACUCUGCACCGGAUAGACGCCAAGAGGCCUGAUCGCAUGCAAGUUUGGUUUCCGAAACUCAACUGGUCUUGGCUGUACUAUGGGCGCAUAGACGACGACGAAGAAAAGGAGAACGACAUCGACAUCGACACAGAUCACAUGGAGCUCGAGAAUGCGUUCAGCACGUAUACCAGGUCUCACGGAAAGCGGUCAAAGUUCAAACACUUUUUGGCCCAUUUUGAUUUUGAUUCAGAUUCGGACUCUGAUAAGGACCUGGGCCUAGAGCCACAGUAUGAGCAACAAUUAAGAUCAGAGGGCCUAUCGGUCACCCAACCAACUGCCUCUCCUGCCAUAAGUGGCAUUGGUACUGGCACUGGCACUGGUAGUGGUAAUAGCAGAAGCGAUGAGGUCACACCGGCAAGCAGCUCGCUUCUCAGCCCGCCGCCAUUGAUCGGGCAGCAGGACCCGACGCAAACAUCGGCAAUAUACAAGACCAUUGACACCUCAGCCGCCCGCAUAGCACAUGCCAUGCUGAGCUGGUUACAACGGCCAAAGACACGGUACGCGAUAAAGUUUACCGUGACCCUGAUGGUGUGGUCGAUCUGGGCGUUCAUCGGCGUGUCGGAAAAGUUUUUCAGCGAAAAUAAUGCGGUCUGGGGCAUGUCUUGCAUUGGCGCAGUGCUAGGCGUGACGAUCGGGUCGACCAUCCACGCGGGAGUAAUCCGCGUCCUGGCCGUUUCACUAGCAGGCUCCUGGGCCAUCGUCGCGUGGAUUGCCAGCAACUACGGGACACACGCGUAUCUGCCGUGUUUCUGCUGCAUUAUCUACUUUGUCGUGUCGUUUUACCUCUCAUUUUUCACAAAGAAACUGGCACCAGUGGCGCCGGUGAUGGCCAUUUCGUUUUCUUCAGUGCUGUUCAUCGACUACUUCAAGGGCCGAAAGGCCGAGGGAACUACACUCGGCUGGAAGCACGUAGCCGUCAACGCCGCCGGCAUUGGGUUUGCAUUUGUGGUCUCUGCGUUGUUCAUGCCGUACAAAGCACGCACAGCUCUGCGGAGGGCACUGGCCGAGGUCCUGCAGCUGAACAGCCUUAUUGUGCAGUCAAUCAACCACAUGCACAUGGCUAGAGCCGAGUUUCCCAUCGUGCAUCGCAAUGAGCGCCGUCGUGUCGAGAAGUUUGUCUACCGCAGCCGAGUCCUGAUCUCCAAGUGCCGAAACCUCGUUCCAGCUGCCGAGCGCGAGCCCAGCUUGCACGAAUGGUUCCAGAGCAACGCCCACUGCCAGCUGAUCGACACGCUGGAGCUGCAGCUAGAGUGGCUCAUGUAUUCGUCAUUCACCCACACGAGCGUCGAUGUCAGCGGCGGCAACCUGGCGAUGAUGAUCCGCCUGGCCAUGGCCAUGCGUGAUGAUAUUGUCGGCGCAAAGUCAGCGUUCAACAGCAUCUUGGCGUCUGCGUUGCACGCAAAGAUACGCCUGCCUGCGUAUCUGCCGGACAUUGGCACCGCUCGACAAGAGUUUAUGAAGUACAUGCACCCGCUGAUGAAGGAGCAGUAUACGAAGAGCUUUGCCAUCACGUACUUGGCCCGCUGGAACGUUGGAAUCUGGCACGUUAUUGGUUCGCAGACUGAUCUAUGUCUGGCUGUGCACACCAUCGUUGGCGCCGAGACCGACAACUGGCCAGAGGAAGUCGGCUUCAUGCUCGACAGCCUCGAAGUGGCGCCGCCAGGGCAGACCAGCACUGCGUUUGCCCAAGACCACAUGGAUGAUCAGUCGCCGGAGAACUUGCAUUCGAAGGACAGGUGGUUCAGCCGGCUGCCAAAAUAUGCGAGCUAGUUCAUAUUUGCUAAUUGAAAUAUAUGGCCA